GCUGUCCUCCAUUCAUCUUGGACUGCAACCUGUAAUAGUUUGUCUCCGCCCGUCCUGAGAACCUGAAGGUUUUUCCAGACCGAUAUGUCAGGUUCAACUUCCCCGCCUGCCAAAACCGAGGCGAUGGGAACCGAGGGUUGUUUCCCGCCUGGAUACAAGGUUUUCAUCCCCGAGGAACACGGCUUGGAGCGCGGCUUUCGUCUCACAGCCUUCUCGGACUUGAAAGGAUGAGGCUGCAAGGUCCCGCAGGAGGCUCUGCUCAAACUCCUGGCGGGACUCGAGCCGAACCGGGCGGACGGGCCAGGGAAGGACGGAGACCAAGCAUCUGAGUUCGCGCAACAGGUGCCCGCCGGCCCUCGGCUUGGAGUGGGGAUGGACUGCUGUGUGAUCCCUCUAAGGCACGGCGGGCUGUCUUUAGUUCAGACAACAGACUUCUUUUACCCACUUGUGGAGGAUCCCUACAUGAUGGGCAAGAUUGCAUGCGCCAAUGUCCUCAGCGAUCUAUAUGCCAUGGGCAUCACUGAGUGUGACAACAUGCUGAUGCUGCUCAGUGUUAGCCAGAAGAUGAAUGACAAGGACCGCGAGCGUGUCAUGCCGCUAAUGAUUCGUGGAUUUCGCGAUGCUGCUGAGGAAGGAGGGACUUCGGUGACAGGCGGCCAGACGGUGAUCAAUCCAUGGAUCAUUAUAGGGGGAGUGGCCUCAGUUGUUUGCCAGCCCAACGACUUCAUCCUCCCAGACGGUGCUGUCCCAGGCGAUGUCUUAGUCCUCACCAAGCCUUUGGGGACACAGGUGGCUGUUAAUGCUCACCAGUGGCUUGAACAGCCUGAUCGGUGGAACAAGAUCAAGCUUGUCAUCACCAAGCAGGAAGUUAAAGAGGCCUAUCAGGAAGCUAUGUUUUCAAUGGCAACACUAAACCGUACAGCGGCAGGUCUCAUGCACAAGUUCCAGGCCCACGCAGCAACAGACGUGACAGGCUUUGGUUUGUUGGGGCAUGCCAACAACCUUGCAACGCAACAGCGCAACGACGUGGCCUUUGUUAUCCACAACCUACCCAUCAUAGCCAAAAUGGCUGCCGUCAGCAAAGCAUGUGGAAACAUAUUCAAUUUGGUUCAGGGCACAUCGUCUGAGACAUCCGGUGGAUUGCUGGUUUGUCUGCCCAGAGAGCAGGCGGCCAAAUUUUGUUCUGAGAUGAAGAGCCAAAGCUUGGGGGCUGGAGGUCAGGGUGCCUGGAUCAUUGGAAUUGUAGAGAAAGGAGACCGUCGCGCUCGUAUCAUCGACAAGCCCCGUAUUAUUGAGGUGCCACCACGAGGAAGCCAAGUGGCCAAUCAGGAUAACAACUCUGCGAGCCCUUUGCCUGGGCCAAAUUUGUCCUAAACUAUGGAUGGAUGGAUGUGUUUUUGAGUGUGUAUGUCAAGGAUGCUGUCCAUGUCUUCUGGAAAUCAUACAUCACCAUUGUCAUUUUUUUUUUCUCUGUUGUAGUUGGGUAUGGACCUACAUAUGACCUUGUCAGAUAUGAAGCUGUACUAUUAGCUCAAUGCCUGACUCAUUUUAUGAAGUGCCAUCUUCAAGAAUUGGAAAUAAUGCGAAAUAAAUGAACAUUCCAAAUCAUCCUUGACAAAUUCACAGAUGAAAAUGUAUUUCCACGGAAAUGCGUGUGUUUGUGUAUGGAUGUUUUUUUAUGUGACGUGGGCCGCCGUUUUGUUGGCUUGAUUUGAAUGGGGGAUAUUAUUAACGUGUUGUGAAUGAAUUUAUUCCACAAAUGGAAUUGCGCAUCUGUCUUGUGUCUGGCUCAGACAUUACAGUCCGGAGGAAGGCUUGAGCAGCUUUCUCCGGACAAGUGGCGCCAGGUACAGAUGGCCCUUUUCGGCUGAUUCGUUGUCCAGCACAAAGUCACUCAUUCUUCCAGUUUAUGAAACUCUGCCAUGUAAACCCCCACCAAGGGGCCUGGUGAAGUGGAUGCCUGUCAUUGGAAGGGUGAGGCAGACUUGGCUUGCUGGAGGGCUAAAGCUGUUUGUAAAUUUCCUGCUUUUCACAAUCAAAUAAAAAAAAACACUUGG